AUGACAUGGAAGGUCCUGGUCGUGGACGAGACCAGUCGCAAGCUGAUCGACAACACCGUCAACGAAGAUGACAUCCUCAACCUCAAUGUCACCCAUAUCGAGCAGCUCGAGCACCGGAGGAAGCCGAACCCGGACAUGGAUGCGCUGUACAUACUGUCCCCGCAGUCCUACAUCGUCGACUGCCUCCUGGCCGAUUUCGAACGGCGGCGGUAUAAGAAAUCAUGGUUGGUGUGGACCUCAGGUCGGUUGUCCUGUGUCUUGUCUACAGGGGUCAGCGUUCUGACGGCGUAUACAGUCCUCGAUAAGCAGCAGCGCGAUAGACUAGAACGGUCACAAAUGUCACAAGAGCAAAUUGCGAGCUUCCGUGUCAUGACGACCGAUUACUUCCCAAGAGAAUCCCGGCUGGUGACCUUUAGAGAUCCGUGGAGUUUCCCCAUUCUGUUCAAUCCAGCCUGUAACCGUCUGGUUCCAGACCAUCUCUCGGAUUUGGCGGAGAAGAUCGUCCAUGUCUGUGCCAGUCUCGGAGAAUACCCAACCAUCCGGUACUAUCGCCCACGGUCCCCUACCCACGAAGCCGGUGUUCUAUGCUACCACCUGGCCAAUUUUAUCCAGAGAAAGAUGGACAUGUUUGCCCAGGCUCAGCGAGACUUCCCCCCGCCUUCUUCGAGGCCCCGCAGUGUACUUCUUGUGGUCGACCGCUCCAUGGACCUAGUUGCGCCUUUGAUCCAUGAGUUCACCUACCAAUCUAUGGUGCACGACCUGCUGCCGGUCAAGGAUGGGGACAAGGUGACCUACAAGACGAUCAUCAACGAGGGUAAACCUACCCAAGAACUCAAGGAAAUGGAGAUUAGUGAGAAGGACAAAGUCUGGGUGGAGUACCGGCACCUCCAUAUGAAGGAUGUGGUGCAGAAGCUGCCCGACGAUUUUGCCAAAUUCCGAGCAGCCAAUCCUCAAUUUGCCGAGGACAACGCCAACGCCAACGUGAACACCAUCAAAGACAUGCUGGCAGGUCUUACGGAAUUCCAAGAAGGGCGUGAUGCAUACACGUUGCACCUUGAUAUGGCAGGAGAGUGUAUGAAAUUCUUCCAAGAACGCAAACUUCUGGAAGUGAGCUCGGUCGAACAAUGCCUGGCCACUGGCCUGGACGAGAAUUUCAAGAAAGCCAAGAACUUGGGAUCCCAGCUUGUCCAGCUCAUGGACGAUGACGCGGUUGUGCCUAUAGACCGACUGAGGCUCUUGCUUCUCUACAUCAUGUACCGAGGUGGGCUCCUGGCAGGAGAUAUCCGCAAGCUUUUAGCUCACGGUCAACUCCCUCCGCAGGACGGAGCAGUUAUCGCCAACCUUGAACUACUCGGAGCUCGAGUCGAGAAGCAGCUUAAGGAUGAGAAACCACCCGUGCAGCCGCUUUUCCAGCGGAAGCCCGCGCCUCCGCCAGACUCAGACGAGGCUGCUCUGUCUCGUUAUGACCUGAAUCUGAAACUGAUGCUGGAGGAGCAAGUUCGGGGAACGUUGGACCCGACCGUGUUCCCCUAUACCAAACCUCAUACGGAGUCGGACGGCAUGGGAGCUCAGCCGAACAGCAACAUUUCGCAAGCGUCGUUGCGAAGUGCCAAACCGACAUGGGCGCGCACCCGUUCCUCGGCAGAGCAGCCUCGACAGCGGAUUAUUGUGUUCAUGGCCGGCGGGGCCACUUUUGGCGAAGCUCGCAGCUGCUACGAAGUCUCGCAGUCUUUCGGCAAGGACGUCAUCCUCACAACCUCCCACAUGUUGACCCCGUCCUUGUAUCUUCGACAGCUCGGCGACCUCAGUGCCGACCGACGCCGUCUGGACCUCCCGGUUGACCGACCGAAGCCGACGGCCCCAGCGCACCUUUUCGAGCGUGAGACUCCUCCGCCGCAGCCCCAAGUUCAGCCUCCUCCACAGAGGAAAUCCCCCAUGCCGCGCCUUAACCCUCCGGCGCCUCCGACGGCAGCGAUGGGCGCGAUGUCCUUAGGGCCCACGAACGGAUCGUCCAGCACGGCGGCACCAUCCUCCAGUACUAAGCUUUCAAAGGAGAAGAAGGAGAAGAAGCGGCACCAUUUCUUCCGGUAA